GACUUUUACAUGCCUGGUGCUGUACCCACACCUACUGGGCCCAUGCUCACCUCUGAGGCUAACCCUGUUGAUAGUGUGCCUAUUGAAAAGGAAAAGGAGAAGGAGGAGGAGGUCGCCUUUGUUACCAGUGAUGUGCCUCUUGUCGCCGAGGUUGACAUUAAGGAUCCAAUUAGGGAGGAAAUCGCCGAGAACGUGGUCGUGAAGGCUGCGGCAGAGACUAUCGCAGCUAGUGCUGACCGUGAGGUUGUUCAAGAGGAGACGGCCAUUCCCAAGGAGCAUGCUACUGGGCCUGACAGUACUGCUGUGGAAGCUUCCGAGAGUCAGUGUGACAGCGUUGCCUCGGUGGAUGGUUCUUACGAAGAUAGUCAACAGUUGGUGGGAGGAGAGAAUAAGGUCCCUUCAAUGCCUGAUGAUGAUACUAAUCAUGAGAAUGCGGUGGCGAGUGAAGAGAAGGACACAAGUGCUGCCUUAGAGCAGAGAGAGAUGGAGAAACCUGUCGAAAAUUACGGUGCUGAUCAGGAAGCUGUGGACUCCCAGUCGGAGAAGAAAGAGAAGUCUGAUGGUGGUAUGGAUGAGGAAGUUGUUGCCGACAUGGGGCUUCCGAACGGGACGAUCGACGAGCUGAAGUCCCCGUCAGAAGGAGAGGAGUCCGAAGGGACAGGAGCCCCUCGAGACGACGAUGAGUCUCAUGAUGCUAUUGUUGUGGACGAGCAGGAGUUGGUGGACGAAAAGGAAGAGAAUAAUGAUGGCGAAGAGCAGGCGCAGGAGGAAUAUGAGGUGUGGACGGGGGAAGAGGCCCCCGCUGAUGAGGAGGAUGAAGGGGAGUUUUUGACUCUGGAGGAAGUUAAAGAGGCUGUGGUGAAGGUUACACAGCAAUUAGAAGAGGAUGACGAGAACAUCGAUCUCAAAGUUCUGGAGGAGUUCACAGAGGAAUAUGAGAGAAUGUCGGAGACGCAGAUCAACCUCCAGCAAAAGCUCACCAAAGUCCUGGCUGAGACCAAUGCUCUUUGGCAAGAAUUCGAGAAGUAUAGGAGCCAGUAUGCACAAGUCAUGUGGAAGGAGAGGAGGGAGGAACGGGAGAAGGAGCAGCAGCAACAGCAGUCCGACGAGCAAUGGGACUGGAAGCGCAGCAACGAUGGUGGCAAUCAGAGCUGGAGCCAGAACGGCAAUUGGAAGGCAUCGGACGAUGGUCACUACCAACAACAACAGCAGCAAGAGUCGUGGAAACACAAUGAUAAGAGUUGGCCUAAGGACGAAGGUGAAGGUGAGGCACAGCAGGCUGGGGGAUGGAAGAAAGGUGGAGACAAGUGGUCUGCCUCUGAGGAUAAUGGGGGAAAGCAAUGGCGAGGUGGGUGGAAGAAGGAUGAGGAGGAAGAGUGGCCUGCUGAAGAGGAGUCCUCUAGGGCCGAGGGCGAGGAGAAGUGGAAGGGCUCGAGGAACGAUAAGGCGGGUGCAAGCUGGAGAGAUGCUGAGGGCGGCACUGGGGACUCGGCUGAGUGGCAACCGAAGAGCGGUGGGGGGAGGGGGUAUGACAAGAAGAAGUGGGGUGAUGAGUCCAAGGGAGAGGGAAAGAACUGGAAAUGGAGCUCUGAUCAGCGAGAGGAUGAGAGAGGUGACUGGAAGCAGCAGGAGAAGUGGGACCAGGAGGAGACCAAGGCAGCUGAGGAUGCUCCUCCUACUGAGGAGCUUCCAUCGGUCGAGGCGGAUGCUGCAGAGGAUGGUGCUCCCAAGGGCAGCUAUAGUGAUCUGCAGGCGGAGGUGCUGAGGCUUAGGAAGAUGGUAGCUGAGAAUGAGAAGAGCAAGGCUGAGAGCGUGGCAGCUCCACCGCCUCCCUCCCCCGUCCCCUCUCCAGCAGCGCCUCCCGUGGCUGUUCUACCAGUGGCUCCUCCUGUGGUACCGCAGCAGGAUGGUCGGGCUAUGGAGGAGUUGGCGCAGAAGGUGGGAAAGGACAUCGAGGACCGCCUGCAGUCCAAGCACAGGGAGGAGUUGGUCGAAAUGGAGAGGCGUUACUUGCACGAAAUGCAGACUCAAAUGAGAUAUAUGAUGCAGCACCAGCAGCAGCAGAUGUCCUCCUCGAUGAUGCCGCCCCCAAGGGACUACGCCAAAGGCCCUCGGCCGGGCUAUCAGCCUCAUCUACAGGGGGACUACGAUAACUACGAUCAUAAUGGAGUUUCUUAUUCGCAUCACGACGACCGUUUCCGUCGCGAGAGAGCCCCAUCGCCAUACGGCAGUGUCUCUGGUAUGUCUGGUUACGCUGGGCGGACUCCAACUGAGUACAGAGACUAUCGACAGUCCCCUUCGGCUGCACAGGUCUCCACUGAGGGUGCUCCCCCUCGUCGAGAGACCCGUAGUGGCCACGAGAGGAAGUUGUCGCCGAGAGACGCUAAGCCACGCCGUCCCCAUCAACCUCCGAAUGUCGACUAUACUAGCAGUAAGGCCGUCCUGGAGCCUCGAGCUCUGAGACCCACUGAUAGUUAUGCUACAUCUACUGCGGCCCCGACCGCCCCGGUUGGUCUUCCUGCACCUCCACGGCCCUCUAGGAGCAGCGCCCCCCUGGCCGAAGAGGCUUUGUCAGUCGACAACGCCAUGCAGGCCUUUAGACAGGAUGGAGCUCGCGGCUCUUACUAGUGAAUUAACUCAUCAACGACUUGAUAGCUUUUCCGAAUGGUUAGUAACUUGACUGCUUUCUCCCUGUAUGGAUGUCUGAAUGUCAGUAGCGAAUUUUCAUUGAGUUUUCUUGG